AUGGACCCGCGGGGCCAGCUCGGCGCCCUCGGAUGCUUGCACGCCCUGCUGCUCGUGGUCGCCGAUGCUACCUUCACCGAGGUCCCCCAAGAUGUGACAGUGCGGGAAGGCGAGGACAUCGAGAUGCCUUGCGCCUUCCGGGCCCGGGGGGCGACGUCGUACUCCCUGGAGAUUCAGUGGUGGUUCGUGAAGGCGGCGCCCCGGGAGCUGCUGCACGAGCUGGCCCUGAGCGCACCGGGCACCCGAAGCAAGGUAACAAAUAAGGAUGCAACUAAAAUCAGUACGGUUCGAGUCCAGGGCAAUGACAUCUCGCACCGGCUGCGCCUAUCGGCGGUGCGCCCGCAGGACGAGGGUGUGUACGAGUGUCGCGUGUCGGACUACAGCGACGCGGACACGCGCGAGCACCAGGCCCGGGCGCUGCUGCGAGUGCUGUCCCGCUUCGUGCCGCCCCACAUGCAGGCGGCCGAGGCCGUGUCCCACAUCCAGAGCAGCGGGCCCCGCCGCCACGGGCCGCCCAGCGCCGCACACGCCGGCCACGCGGGCAUCGCGGGACCCACCGCCGUGGAGCCCAGCCACGGCCAGGACAAGGGCCUGCCGCCAGGAAGCCCCGCGGCCCCCGCUCCGGGCGUGCCCAGGGCCGCGGCCUCCGCCACACACACAGACGCCUCCACCACCACCACCGCAGCUGCGUCCUCAUCGGCAUCUCCAUCACCGGGCCAGGCGGUCCUCCGGCGGCAGAGACACGGCUCUGGCAGUGGCCCACACCACACAGCAGACCCGUGCCUGGCCCUGGCCCUGCUGGCCCUGCUGAGCCUUCUGUGGGGACCCUGA